AUGACUUCAAUAGCUGACGAGGCGCCGAAGCCUAUUGGCAUUGAAAGUCACAGAGAUUACACCCCUCUCGCCCCGCUCCUUUCGCGAUAUCCUCGUCAGGCCGGACCUCUGUUCCACGCCUAUCAUCACCUCGUCCACUCAGCAGCUUGGACCGAUGUUGCGCCCGUAGAUAUCCGUGGUGAUGACGAAUCGGAUCCAGCACCAGUGAAUAGCGGCAGUGGGUGGGGAGCGCUAAUAGGAAUGCGGCCACAAGGGACCCAACCCGAGCUCCUCCUUCCUUGCCACGUAACAGACAACCUCUCCGUCGCCUACUUCCAAGCCGUCUUCUCAUCGCUCGAGACGCAGGCCAAAUCCCGAGACGGUCUGCAAACAGGACAUAUCCUUCUCGCAAUCCUGUCACCAGAUUCUACGGUUGUGUACUACAAGCUGGCAAAGGGGCUGGUGAAGCCGGUCAAUUGA